UUGGCUCGCGCUCAGUCAGCUCUCCUCGAGCGUCGUAGCAGCUCACAUCCUCCUGCCGGUCACUCACUCACCAGCCCUCCUUCAUCACCGUGCACCAGCUCCUUAACGUGAUUUUCUUGCUUUAUUUUUUUUACACAGAUUAUUUUAAACACAAUACGAGCGGAGUUUUUAUUUUUUAUUUUAUUUUUUUGUCUCUCUACCAGCGGGACGAGCUCGGCGACACCGGGGCACAGAGCGAGGAUUCAGCCGAUUAUAACCCGGGACUCUGGACAUUAUUCCUGCACUUUGGAUUACUUUGACGCACAGUUGUGACUGGAAUACACCACAAAUAGAACUACAACAGCGUGUUCAUCGCUUUUCCUAAGUAGAUAAUACAACCAUGAGCGGAUGCAUGCAUUAAUAAGCGCUUUGUGCAGAUUUUCGCUUCGAGAAAAGCGGUUACCUGUAGCAGAAUAGCAGAAUAAAACAUUGUAUUAAGCCUUUAAUUUUAUUUUUAAAUAACCCCAAACUUACCAAAUAUAUUUUCUUGGACCGAGUUCUGCACCUUUUGUUUUUUUUAUUGAAUUCGGAGAAACCUGCGAAGCCCGGACCAGGACCAGGAUCAGGAUCAGGAUCAGGACCAGGAUGCAUCGCAGCUGAAACCACAAGCCCGGGACUUUGGUGUUGAAAUCCGACCGGACGGACCUCUGCUCCAUCCUGGACCAGGACAGGAGCCGAAUCAUGAAGAGUCCCCGCGGUGCCAUGUUGGUCCUGCUCGCCACGCUGUGCCUGCUCUCCGUGGACACCUGGGCAGCGGCUCUGGGCGGGCCGGGAGACACCAUUCUUACUCCGGAGAAGUUCCAGGGCGUGGCAAACUUCAGCACCUUCCUACUUGACCGUUCAACAGGCACGCUGUUCCUGGGAGCCAGGGAUGCCAUACUGGCUGUGGACACCAACAAGCUGAACCAAAAACCGAAAGUGAUUGUUUGGGAUGUGCCGGAGGAGAAGAGGAGGUCUUGUGUAGCAAAGGGAAAGACGGAGGUCGACUGCAACAAUUACAUCCGUCUGAUGGAGUUUAUGGGCGACGGACGCAUCUACGUGUGUGGCACCUACGCCUUUGACCCCCAGUGUGCCUUCCUGGAGAUCUCCUCCUUCACCCUGGAGAAAGCCGAGGAUGGAGGGGUGAAGAUGGAGACGGGGAAGGGCAAGUGUCCCUUUGAGCCUAGUCAGCACUACACAGCUGUUAUGGCAGGUGGUACCCUUUACACAGCAGCCACCAGCAACUUCCUGGGAACGCUGUUCGACAUCUCCCGGGCAACGGGCGCUGAGCAGGAGCGCAUCCGAACUGAGCGAUCCAUCAACUGGCUGAGUGACCCAGAGUUUGUGAGCUCAGCCUUCAUAGAGCAGUCUGCAGACAGCAACCCGACAGGAGACGAUGACAGAAUCUACUUCUUCUUCACUGAGGUGGCCAAAGAGUAUGACCUCUACACCAAAGUCAAGGUGCCCAGGGUGGCACGAGUCUGCAAGUCUGACGUGGGAGGGAUGAAGACUCUGCAGCGACGUUGGACCACCUUCCUCAAGGCCCAGCUGGUGUGUGAGGACAAACCGAGCGGUCAGCGCUACAACAUCCUAACUGAUGUGUUCACCACGGAACACACACCGGGCGAUCCCAGCAGCACACACUUCUACGGGCUGUUCACCUCCCAGUGGGAGCGUGACAAGUUGUCAGCAGUGUGUGUUUUCAGUCUGUCUGACAUCAGCAAAGUGAUGGACGGCCCCUUUAAAGAGCUAAAGAAGACCUGCGAGAACUGGAUCAACCCUGAACCUGUCCCCACACCGAGGCCUGGCCAGUGUUUGAACAAUGCUUUGAAGGCUGAGGGGUUCGAAUCCUCCCUCAAACUUCCCGACAAGGUGUUGACAUUUGUGAGGGACCACCCCCUGAUGGAGAACAGUGUAACUGCAGCGCCCCUGCUGGUCCGGAAGGGAAUCCGAUACACCAAGCUGGCUGUAACUCAGACGGGCAGCGGAGAGGAGCGGAGGGGAGCAGUGCUGCACCUCGGAACAGAUCGCGGGGAGCUCCACCAAGUGGCAGUAGUGGGUCAGAACGCCACUUUACUGCAGGAGCUUUCUCUGUUCGACUCAGAAGAGCCUGUCAACAACAUAAUGCUGCACCAGGGCCGGGCUCUGGUGGGCAGCCCUCUGUCUCUGGCUCGUGUCCAGGCUGAAGGCUGUGCUCUGUAUCCCAGCUGUGUGGUGUGUGCAAGAGCCAGAGGACUGGGCUGUGUGUGGAGCACAGAGGAGGAAGCCUGCAAGCCCACAACAGCAGAGCCUGGACCAGGUGAUAUCGUAGACAACGCCUUGAGAAAGUGUGAUAUAGCGGAGGGGCGUUGCACCCCGUCCAUGAGGGAGCUGCGAGUGUCUGUGGGUCUGCGCCUCAUGUUGCUGUGUGUCCAGCUGUCUCCUCGGUCCUGUAGCUGGGAGCAUCCCCCCCACAGACACACCAGGCAGCACUACUCUGACCUGGAGGUGACUGUCACAGAGGGCAGCCUUGGAAAAUACAUAUGCACAUGCCAGGAGGCGGGACCAGGUAGCAGAGACCCCACCCCCUGCCGCAGAGCAGCCUAUCAGCUGACACUAGAAGGCCCCAGUGCUGGAGGAACCGUGGCUGCAGUAGGAGGUCGUCACGUCCUGGCCAUCUACAUCCUUUUCUUCUUCGUGGGUUUAGUGUUUGGUGCAUUUCUCCUCUACUUCGUGACACGUCGGCGCAGCAUUGCCCGCCAGGGUCACCACCUGCCGGAUAAUUCACUGUCCUCAGAUAAGGGGCGGGACUUGCUAGGCUCCUCAGCCACGCCACAGUCUCCUAGCAGUGCCAGCCUGCUGUCCGAGGGAUUCAGAUUGACAGAAAAACGCAACGGGACGGCGACUACAAACACGACUACAACGCUUCUAAGCAACCAGGGGAAUGGUGGUCACCAUGGCAACAGCUACAGCGGCAAUGGCAACGGGAAUGCUCUGUAUGCCAACUGCAACACAAGUAGCAGCGGGCUGAAGUUCACCUCGGAAAUUUUAGCUGCAGACUUGCUGGAUGGAAGGACGGGGGAGAGGGGGAGGCCCGAGGCGCUAGAGAGGAAGUCGGGGGAGGGCGACGAGGUGGAUGAGGGGCUGGGGGACGGGUUAGGGGAUGGAAUAAAAGGACUAGAGGAGGAGUUGGCCAGCUUUCCCAUGUUUAAAUCACCAGCACCACUGGCUAAGUGUGAAGAAAGUUCGAUAUGAAAAGAUACAAAUGUUGAUCGCACCAUUUUGCAUCCUCCAAACAAACUGAAUGAAACCGGGAGGACUACAAAAUGGCUAGUGUCAAAUGCCUUUGAACGGGAGCUGUGGCCUGAAGAGAUAUAUGAGAAAUAUAUGAUAAUUUUAUGUCGCAGCAUGUGAGAGAGAAAACGUGUUACAGUGUUGUGAGUCAUUCAGGAGGAGAGCCACAGCUAAAUAAAUGUGUCAGAUGUAAUAUAAAAUGUAAAUAUGAGCAGUCUGAACUUGACUGUGGACACGGAGCUGGGUGUGAUAUCGCUCAAUUUAAAUGUUAAAAAGAAUCAAAGAUAAAAUGUCUACAUGUGCAGACAUUGAAAAGCCAUAUUGUCUUUCUCCUUAACUUAACUGCUGUUGUUUGCUCUCUCAUCCUCUUCUCCUGAUGGCACUGCAAAAGAAAAGUGCACUUUGAAUCUCUCAGCACCUCUCUGUUUCUCUCUAUAUUUAUGUUCCUCUCUCUGACACACCAUUCAAACUCCAGACCCUUUCGGGUCCAAAGGCACCAAGAGACUGCUGAGCCAUAGACUGCACAGUCGGAUUGCACUGGUCCUGGUCUUCAAACAGAGAUGUCCCUCUCUGAGAUUAUAGACCCAUAAAGAGAGUCCCUCAGAUGGGCCGUUGGGCAGUGACCGUUACCGGGCUGUCCCUGCCUACACUGCCACAGAGGUCAUAAGGAUGAUAAGGUUCACAGAGGACACCUACACCAUUUGUGUCAUUGUUGAAAGUUUAAGUUGCACAGCAGAUGCAAGUGACAGCUGCCCAGAUCUGUCACUGUUCACCUUCACAGUUACGGAGACAAAAGAUGUGAAAUUAAUUUCAGUCUCCUGGAAUGGACCUUGCCAGACACAGUCACCAUCACCUUGUUUUGUGAGUGUGAAACUUUAAAAAAAUGUAUUGUUUUUGUCAUGUUGUUUUGUAAUAAAGCCUAAAAAAGUG